UGUCAUUUUCUUUUUCCCGUGUCACUCAGAUUUCCCUUCCUUUUUGGAAUCUCCUUCCAUGUUGUCACCAAUAAGAAAAAUAAAUAAAAAUAUUUUUAAAUUCAAAUGGCUCUCACUCCCACGAAGCUUCGCCACCCUCCGGAAUUGAAUGAAUUGAAGGAAGUAAUUGGUAUCCAGAGGAAGAGAAAGAAGAGGAAAGAGGAUAAGUUAUUAUUUUGCAGCAUGAAGCAGCAGCUACCUGGCGUUGAUGCUAAAUUGCAGAAGAUUGCAGAUUCUAACAUGGAUGAAGCACCCGCUAGAAGACGUGCCCGUGAAGCCUUCAAAGAUAUUCAGCUUAAUAUUGACCAUAUACUCUUUAAGACUCCAUGUGAUGGACUAAAAAUGAAAGAGUCAUACAAGGUAAAUUCAAGGGGCAUUGAAAUAUUCUGUAAGAGUUGGCUUCCUGAGGCAUCCAAGCCAAAAGCAACAGUGUUUUUCUGUCAUGGAUAUGGAGACACCUGCACUUUUUUCUUUGAAGGCAUAGCUAGGAAGAUAGCAUUAGCUGGAUAUGGAGUCUUUGCUAUGGAUUAUCCUGGAUUUGGCCUUUCACAAGGCCUCCAUGGCUAUAUCCCUAGUUUUGAUGGUCUUGUUGACGAUGUCAUUGAACAUUACACCAAAAUCAAAGAAAAUCCAGAGUUUCAUUCUCUUCGUACCUUCAUAUUUGGACAAUCAAUGGGUGGUGCUGUUGCACUAAAGAUGCACCUGAAACAACCUAAGGCUUGGGAUGGUGCUGUUCUUGUUGCACCUAUGUGUAAAAUUGCAGACGACAUGGUUCCAUCAAAGUUGGUCACUCAGAUGUUGAUUGCUAUGGCCAAUGUUUUUCCGAAGAGGAAGUUAGUUCCACAAAAGGAUUUAGCAGAAGCAGCUUUCAGAGAGUUGAAAAAGAAAGAACAGACAGCGUAUAAUGUUAUUGCAUACAAGGAUAAACCACGUUUGUGGACUGCUUUAGAAAUGCUCAGAACUACUCAAGAAAUAGACGAUCGUUUGGAAGAAGUCUCUUUGCCAAUAUUAAUCCUUCAUGGGGAGAAUGAUACUGUGACUGAUCCAUCAGUGAGCAAAGCUCUGUUUGAGAAAGCAAAAAGUUCAGACAAGACACUUAAACUUUACAAGGAUGCUUACCAUUCUCUUCUUGAGGGAGAGCCUGAUGAACUAAUAAAUCAGGUCUUUGGUGACAUCAUUUCUUGGCUUGAUGACCACUCUUCAAAACGUACAUAGUCCUCCUCUUGUUAAUUUAUACUGAUUAUUUUCCUCUCUCUCUUAAAUUCAAACGAAUAAUGAUGUUCAGAUUGUUUAAGAAAAAUAAAUAAAAUAGAAAAUUGGUAUUGCUUCUC